AUGGGUAGCACCGGUACAGUCGGGGCAGAUCGGUGUGGUAAGGCAUGCAAGAAUUCUAAAUUGAGUGAUUCAAUAAAGCAGUCAGUGAGGGACCACAUUAAUCUAAUCGAAACAGUGAAGAGUCACUACUGCCGAAAAAACACUUCAAAGCAAUUUCUGCACCCAACGCUUAAUAUUUCGAAGAUGUAUGGCCUUUAUCUUGAAUAUUGUGAGCAGAACAACAUCCAACCUGCGACAGAGAGCAUUUACAGAAUAAUCUUCAACACCGAAUUAAACUUCUCAUUCUUCAUCCCUAAAAAAGAUUUGUAUGAUAUUUGCAACAAGUAUGAUGGCGGAACAACGGAAGAAAGAAAUGAAAUGGAAGAAGAAUACCAGUUGCACAGAAAGAACAAGGACAUUGGACGGGAUUUAAAAAAUGCUGAUAAACAGACGGCUAAGCAAAAUAGAGAAUUUUGUGCAGCCGUUUUUGAUUUGGAACAAAUACUGCUCCCCAAAAGUAAUGUUGGUAGCAGUAGUUGA